CAAAAGUUAGUCUUAUCUUUUAUUAGCAUUUCGUUUCCGGUAGCGUAACUGCAAUGAUUCAAGUGGAAAAUACUUCUUUGUGACUGAUUUUGUUACCCAUUACUGUGUGUGAAGAAUUAUUUGAAUCACUUUGUGUACUGCAUUUGAGUAAUGCCAGCAUUUAAUCACGGUUUUAGAGCUGUUAAGCUCAUAUUCGGCAUUUCAGGCGGGGUUGCGUUUGGAGCAGCUGCAGUUGGAUAUUCUCGCCGAGAGCGCGAUGGAUUCCUCCCCACAGCUCUGGCGGCGUGGACUACCAACCACAACCCCAGUGUGAGAUGGGAUACAAACUGGGAUAAGAGAGAUCCAGAAAGCUUGAUAAAUCCAUCUAGGACUGAGGUCGACUCUAAGGAUCCAACUACCAAACUUACCGGAGUGAAACCUACAGCAACCAGGCAUCUAAUCCUCAUCAGACAUGGGCAGUAUAAUACAGACGGAAUCACUGAUGAUGAGAGGAUACUAACUGCACUUGGUAGGGAACAAGCUGCAAUGACAGGACAGCGUCUGAAGGCACUGAACCAUCCCUACACCACCAUCAUUAACUCCACUAUGGCUAGAGCUAUAGAGACUGCAGACAUCAUCAGUGCACAGAUACCGGAUAUACCUCGUGAAACAUACUGUGAACUCCUGAGAGAAGGUGCUCCUAUCCCUCCUGAACCACCAGUAGGUCAUUGGAAACCUGAAGUAAAGCAGUUCUAUGAGGAUGGAGCUCGUAUUGAGGCUGCUUUUAGGAAAUACUUUCACAGAGCUGACCCUGCUCAAACCGAGAAUAGCUUUGAGGUCAUUGUAUGUCAUGCUAAUGUCAUCAGAUACUUUGUAUGCAGAGCUAUGCAGUUUCCACCCGAGGCAUGGCUUCGUAUGAGUUUAUAUCAUGGCAGUAUAACUUGGGUUUCAAUACGCCCCAGUGGACGAGUCUCACUAAGAGCUUUAGGUGAUGCAGGAUUCAUGCCUGCUAACAAGGUCUCCGUUUCAUAAUACUCAUCACUGCCAGGUCAGAUACCUUAGGAUCUUCAUUCGGGUGGUAUUCCAUAUCGUUUGUUCAGAGCCAGAAGAAUUUUAAUUCUGUAAACAUAGGUUUAUGCCCUUUUGAAUGUUAGAUGACAUGCCAGAUCAUGAGAAACUAUUGAAAUAAUAGCAAUUCAUUUGUGUGUUCUAUAUUGUAAAGCAUUACUUUUGUAUGCUUAGUUGAUAGGGAGACUAUGCCGUACCAGAUUACAUGUACAAAUAGUAAGUGUAUACUUUUUUUGUGUGAAUUAAAACAAAAAAACUACCUGAAGUCUUUGGCAGAUUUAAGAUAAACUCACUGAACGCCAUG